AUGACCAGUCCAAUAGACAACCUUGUCAACAGGUGGCUUUUAUAGAAUGUAGAGGGUAAUAAUUGAUGUAGAAGGAAGGUCAAACACUAUGGGAACAAAUGUCACUGCCUUGAUCUUGAGAAGAUAACCCUCUCCCCAAGAAGAAAGCAUGACAUAGGAAGUAGUUGAGACGAGUUAAAUGUGAAGUUCUUGCAAUUGGUAUAUAAAGGUUCCCCACCUAGAUGGUCAGGACAAUAUGGACUUGGAUUCCUGACAUCUUCCGUCACCAGGGACUUCCGGCCCAGCCGCCGAGUAUUUCUUCUGGCGAAACCUGAAGGACCAGCUUUCCGCCUGGACGCUGCAGGGCAGAGUGGGCGUGGCCGCUUAUCCGCUUCCGGGUGGAGGCCGCGCUGCCUGCCAGCUGUCACGGAGACAGCGGAGGGCCGGGCUGCGCCUGCGCGCUGGGAGGGGGCGGGUGCAGGGUCCAUUUCCGGGGCGGGGAGCAGCGCAUGCGUAGACUGUCUGUGGCUCGUUUCUGGCGAGGGAAACGCGGAAGGGCGGGAACAGAGGGUUUUCCCGCGAUUCGGAUUGCAGUGCGGAGACUGGUGCGAGAUGGAGGUGGACGCUGCGGCAGAGGAUGGUCGGGACGGUCCCCGGGAGCGGCGAGGCGUGGGGGAAGCUGGGCAGCAGCAGCAGAACCACGAAGUACGGCCUCAGUCCGGGACAGACCGGUUUUCAAAACACUCCUACUGGUUGGAUCUCUGGCUUUUCAUUCUUUUCGACCUGGUGUUGUUUGUCUUCGUGUAUCUUUUGCCCUGAAUGGUUUGCCUGAUACCUAAAUUAAGAAAUUGGCUCCUGGAGUGGAUUCUGAAAAUGGCUACAGAUUUCUUGAACAAAGAAGACAGGAUUGUGCAGCAGCAGAAUUUCAAACUCUGAGGGACCUUCUUUUCAUUUACACAUUCUGGCAUUCAUUCUGGGGACUAUAUUAAAUGGGUUAUGAUCUCACCCAUUCAUAGCUAAGUUCUUAUAACUGGACUGAUUCAUAUUUGAAAACUUUUCAGACAUCUGAUGGCUUCACAGGGGCUGAAUAUAAAAGUAUUUAUACAUAGAGGUUUAGUGUAUUCAUUAAUAAAUAUAGUCAUGUCCUACUUUAACAUUUUAAGGGUUGGCCAGGGUUUAGUGUGAUACAAAUAAUAUGGUGAAAUAUUAAGGUGAAAUAUUUAAAAAUAAGUUACUCAAAAGCAAGGGAAGGAUUUUGAGAAAAGGAGUUAAAAGCUAUACAGAAAAUUCAGGCCCACACUGUGUUGGCUGUUAAGUACCAGUUUAAUUUUUAGGUUAAGUGGGCCUCUGUUAUGGUUGCCAGAUUGAUGGAAUCAGUGAAAGUAUCUAACAUCCAGUAUUGGAAAGCUAAUGUGCAUAUCCUCUUCCUCCGUGCUCACCUCUCUUCCUUUUAAGCUCUUGAACUCCCUAAAAUAAGACUCUUCCCAACCUAUUUUUUAUUAUUGUAGUUGCAUUAAGAAUGCUGGUGGUCAAAACAUGUUUAUUUUGAUAAUGUCUGUAAGUUAAAUACUUCAGCAGUCAUCAUAUUUACUCAUUCAACAAAUAUUUGAACACUUAGUGUGGGCCAGGUACAGCAGUGACCAAAACAAACAAAAAUCCUUGCCUUCAUGGAGCUUACAUUCUUGUUUUUUAUCUAAACAUGUUAACAAGAAUUUACAUUCUAAGAGUGCUCAGCUGGCAUUUAAUGAGAAAGGUCACCCUCCCAAAGCAGCUACUGUAAGCCCUUCAGAAGCUAUUCCUAUUAUAUAAGAUAUUCCUUUAUAUAACAGAUGUUAGAAAUGGGCCCUCGUCCUUGAAAUUGAUGAAAUUUGAUAUAUGUGAAUUGCCUAGAUAUUUUGGGGAUAUUCCCCUCCCUUAGAAACAGGGCAGAGAUCUGCUAACCUCUGCAUCCUGUAUCUUUUAGAAUGGCACUUAGGGUUACAGUGAAAUCUGGGGUUGACUUUGGAGGAUUUUAACUGCCCAGUGCCAGUAACAGCAUGCCUUCAGGGUACUAUUGCAUCUGCCUGAAGAGAACUUUUCAUGCAACGGUUGAAGCAUCUAGAGAAACACAGAACUGGGAUUUCAUUGAGGAUACCAGACAGAUUGUAUGAACAGUUUUUGUGCUGCUCGCUAAUAAUUUUGUCCAAUAAAUGUAUAGCUAAAUUUGG